AUGGCACAAGACAUAACAUUCGAGAACAGCGCAGGAAGCGACAGAAGCCAAGCAGUAGCCCUUUCAUGUUCCGCAAACCACACCAUCUUUUACAGAUGCAGAUUCAAUGGAUACCAUGACACUCUCUAUGCCAAACAAGGUACCCAAUUCUAUAGAGAAUGUGACAUAUACGGAACAGUCGAUUUCAUAUUUGGAUUUGCAACAUCUGUUUUCCAAAAAUGCAAUCUAUAUGCCCAUACAUCAGACUCUAAGACAGUAACAUAUACAGCACAAGGCAGACAGUCUUUAGAUCAGAAAUCAGUUUUCACACUACAAGGCUGUAAUUUCACUACAGCUCCUGGUGUGGACAGUACUGAAUCUGCCAUAAGUGCAUUCCUUGGACGGCCAUGGUUUCCUUACUCUACGGUUAUGGUCAUGGAGUCGUAUUUGGAUUGGAUAAUUAGUCCUUCUGGGUGGGAGGACUGGCCCAAUACACCGGACAAAAAUGCAGUUUAUUUGGAGUUUCGGAACUGGGGACCGAGAGCUGAUACGAGUGAGAGAGUACAGUGGUCGGGUUUUAAGGUGAUACGUGAUUCGAGGGAGGCAUGGCCUUAUAUUGCUUCUCAGUUGAUCCAAGGAGAUGAGUGGAUCCCAGAUACUGGUGUUCCUUACGAAGCUGGAUUUUUAUUCUCACCUUUAGAUUAG